GAAAAAGAAAAAAGGUAAGACACCUUUUUUUUGACAAACUAAAAGGCUUUAUGUUUCUUAUCUUCAUUUUGAUUAUUUCAAAAACCCAACAGAUCCUUACAUCUUCACCCAACCCACCCCAAGUUCCUCAGUCUUUUUUAAAAAAACAAACCAUUUUCUUGCUUUUGUUCUCAGUAACAUUUUAUAGUCAUUGAUUAAACCAAACAAAAAACACCUAAACCUAUGGAUGUGACAAAUGAGACCAUGGAGAGAACCGAUCUCCGGCGGCCAUUGGUGGAUCCGACGGUGGACACAGAAAAGAGACCUCCAUUGGACGUCGGGCUCGAGAGCGUGUUAAUGGAGAGUAGCUUGUCGUACCGGAGGCGUAUAUACUUAGGCGCGUGUAUCGAGUUGAAACUACUUUCCCGGUUGGCUCUUCCGGCGAUACUUAUCUAUUUAGUCAACAGCGGAAUGAGUGUUUCCACUCGUAUCUUCGCCGGUCAUGUUGGCGGUCAGGAACUCGCCGCCGUGUCCCUCGGAAACAGCUGCUUCAAUCUCGUCUAUGGCCUUAUGUUGGGUAUGGGUAGUGCUGUCGAGACACUAUGUGGACAAGCAUAUGGUGCCCACCGGUAUGACAUGCUUGGGAUCUAUCUCCAAAGAGCAACAAUUGUCCUUGCUCUAGUUGGCUUACCCAUGACAAUACUAUACACCUUCUCGUACCCGAUUCUUAUCCUCUUAGGCGAGCCUAAAACAGUGUCCUACAUGGGAUCCAUGUACAUCGCCGGACUCAUCCCUCAGAUCUUCGCUUACGCCGUAAACUUCACGGUCCAAAAGUUCCUCCAAGCGCAGAGCGUGGUAUCCCCCAGCGCGUACAUCUCAGCCGUCGCACUCCUCCUCCAGAUAUCGCUGACGUGGGUCGCCGUAUAUGUAAUGAACAUGGGUCUUAUGGGCAUAGCUUAUGUUCUUACUAUCUCUUGGUGGGUCAUAGUUGGGGCACAGAGUUUUUACAUAGCUGUUAGUCCGAGGUUCAGACACACGUGGACUAGUUUUAGUUGGACAUCGUUCCAUGGUCUUUGGAGUUUCUUCAAACUAUCUGCUGGCUCUGCUGUUAUGAUUUGUCUGGAAAUGUGGUAUUCGCAGAUUCUUGUUCUUCUCGCCGGUUUGCUUAAAGAUCCAACACGCUCGCUUGAUUCUCUCUCCAUAUGCAUGUCAAUUUCAGCAUUAUCCUUCAUGGUUUCCGUUGGUUUCAACGCGGCUGCAAGCGUACGAACUAGUAAUGAGCUUGGAGCAGGAAAUCCGAAAUCAGCCUUGUUCUCUACAUGGACGGCGACUUUUGUUUCCUUCGUGAUCUCCGUGGCGGAGGCACUCGCCGUGAUAUGGUCACGUGAUUACAUUAGCUACAUUUUCACGUCGGACGUUCACGUGGCUGAAGCCGUCUCGGAGCUCUGUCCUUUUCUCGCCGUCACCAUCAUUCUCAACGGAAUCCAACCUGUCUUGUCCGGAGUGGCAGUGGGAUGUGGAUGGCAGACAUACGUGGCAUAUGUGAACGUUGGUUGUUACUAUAUUGUUGGUAUUCCCGUUGUGAUGAAACCAUGGACGGCUCAACCAAAACAGAAGGACCUGAGGAGCAGCUUGAACCUGAGGAAGCAUCGAAGGAUCAGCUUGAAUCAGAGGAAGCACUGGAAGAACAACUUGUACCAGUAGCGGAAGAAGCACUAAUCGUCCCGACGGGUCCUAUAACAAGGUCACGGUCCAAGAGGUUCAACCAAAACAUUAGUGGACUACUCAAGGAGCUGUACAAGAAGCUAGAAGACGUGGCUCAAACCACUUUCACCAUGCUCACAGCUCAAGGAGCUCGGUAAAGGGUAAAGUGUUGCUUUGGUGCUCUUUUUCCCUUGGUCAAGUUUUGUCCCAUUGGGUUUUCUUGACAAGGUUUUUAAUGAGGCCUAAGUAACAUUUUUAACCCCCUUUGCCAGCCCAAGUCGUGGUCCAAAGCCCAUUACAAAGCUUUGGCCCAUUUUCUAUCUCUUUCUCAUUCAAACUUUGCAUUUAUUGUUUUGUCAUUUCCUAGACAUCUUGCAUGAGCUUGAACUUGAACUUGCAAGGUUGUCUAGGGUUUUCUCUUCUCUA